AUGGCAAAUCAUAGCAUAGUACGUGAACUUAAACUUCAUAGUCCAGCUGGUGUUGAACCAGCUGUAUUUACUUGGCCUAAUAUUGAGCGACAAAAAACAAAAAAAGAUUCAGUUUUUAUCGGUGGUGAUGAAAUUGUUCGAACAAUUCGUUUAGUUUUUGAAGAUUAUCCCGUAUUAUAUCAACAAAAUCUUGGCCUCGAUAAUUGUGAUAUACAUUCAUAUAGUAAAAUGAAAGAAUUAUGUGAUAAAUUUAAUAAAAUAAUUGACACACAUGUCAAAUUAAAUCGUGGUACAGAAGCUUUUUCAGCACGUCUUCAACAAUGUCCAACAGCUAAAUUAUUUCGUCAUAUACUUGCUCAAGUUUAUAGUCGAGCUGUAACUGAUCCAGAUAAACUACGUGACUAUGAACCAUUUUCACCAUCAGUUUAUGGUGAAACAUCACCAGAUUUAAUUGAUUCAAUUCUUAAAAUAAUUAAUUUAACUGAAGAACAAACAUUUAUUGAUCUUGGUUCUGGUGUUGGAAAUGUUGUUUUACAUAUCGCUGCAUUAUCUAAUUGUAAACAUGUUUAUGGUAUUGAACAUGAAGAAACUCCAGCAACAUAUGCACGUGCUAUGGCUGAGGAAUUUCGUUUUUGGAUGCGUUGGUACGGUAAACGUUAUUCAGAAUUUCAAUUAGAACAGGGAGAUUUUUUAACACAUCCAAAAGUUGAUGAAAGAAUUAAAGAAGCUGAUGUGAUUUUUGCUAAUAAUUAUGUAUUUGGUUCAACAGUUAAUCAUGAAUUAAAAGUUAAAUUUAUGAAUAUGAAAGAUGGUGCAAAAAUUGUUUCAUCAAGAGAGUUUUGUUCGGAAACAUUUCGACUUAAUGAUAGAACAAAAAAUGAUUUAGGUGCUGUUAUGCAUGUAACAAAACCAGAAGAAUUUCUUGGAAAAGUUAGUUGGUCAGAUAAAUGUGUUCAAUAUUAUCUUCAUGUCAUUGAUCAUAGUAAAUUAGCACAUUACUAUGAAAAAAUGCAUCAAAUUCAUACGAAAGGAUCAAAAACAAAUCAUUUGAAACAUAAUGACGAUGAUCAAUCAUCAUCAUCAAACAACUCUUCCAUUCGAUCUUUAUCAAUUCUCAAAAAUAGUCAACAAACUAAAACAACAAAAAUUGAUGAAAAUCAACCACCAACUCCUCAGUUAAAACAUUCCAAACGUAAACGUGAAAUAAAAUCUCCAAUCCCAACAGCAUCACCAUCAAAUCAUUCAACAAUAAUUAGUGCACGUGGUCGUAAAAUUCAUAUAAAACAUCAAUCAGAUAAUGAAUCCGAAUUUGAUUCUGACGCAUCAAAUGAUGAAUUAUUUAAUUCUAAACAUCGUCGUUCAUCAUAUAAAGAUUAUCAAGUAACAUUAGAUGAAUUACAUACAGCAUCAGAAAAAUUUAUUCAAUUAAAUCAAAAUUUUCAAAUGAAAAAUCAACAAUUUAAUUAUCAAAAUAUGACAAAUUUAUCAAAUGAUAAUCUUCAUGUGAAUGAUUUUCAUGAUUGUUUAUUAGAACAAAAUGAUCAAAAUAUAUUUAAUUCAAUAAAUACAUAUUUAGAACAAUUUCGUCAACGUCUUAUAACAUAUUUUACAUAUAUGAAAUCAGAUAUUUAUCGUGAACAUUUAAAAAAACAAUUAGAUAAUGAAAUGGAAUUAAAUAAAACAUUAAAAAUGAAAGUUAAUUGUUUAGAAAAUAAUAUUAAAGCUUUACUAGAUGAUGCUAUUAAUUUACUUAAAUUACGUACAAAUGAAUUAGGUAUUGACGAAUUAGAACGACCUGUACAAUUGAUAUCAUAUGCAAAUGAUAUAUCAAAUAAACAUAAAGAAUUACGUUCAAAAGUUGCAACACUUGAAAAAGAAAUAGCAGAAUAUAAUUAUGAAAAUGAUAAAAUGAAUUUUAUUUUGAAUAAUAUUCUAACAAAUGGACAUCAAUCAUCAUCAUCAAUAACAACAACAGAACAAUUAUUACAUGAUAAUGUAUACUCAACAUUAUUAGUUAAUAUGAGUAGACAAACACAACAACAAGAAAAUAAACAACAAUUUAAUCAUAUUGAUUAUUUAAAUAAAUCAUUAACGGAAACAAACCAAGUAUCUUGUGUAUCAAUUCGUUCAAAUACUUCUGUUGAUAAUGAUUUUGAUUUAAAUUCAAAAUCGAAUCAAAAUACUUCGCCAUUAUAUAACGUCGUUAAGUCAGAACGAAAAACUGAUUUUAUUAUUCAAAAACGAGCAAAAAAAAUUUCGAAUCCGAAUUCAGAUGGUCAUGCAAUUGUUUCACCAAUAAAAAUCAUUAAAGUUACUGAUAAACAUAAUGAUUUACAAGAAUGUUUACCUCAACCAUCAAAUAUUUCAACUAAUACUAAUAAUCUUCUAUCAACGAAACAAAUUGAACCAGUACAAGUUCAUUCAGUUGUAUCUAAAGUUGAACAUCAAACAAAACAAGAGAAACUUGUACAACCAUCAAUUGUACAAUCAAAAAAUAUUCAAACAGUAAUCAAUACUUCUUUAUCAUCAUCAUCGAACAAAUCAGAUGACAUUAGUCAAGAAAUGAUAAUGCAAUCACCACGUAAAAAACGUGAUUUUUAUGGAAAAUCAUCGGGUACACCUAUUUUAUCAUCAUCAUACAAUAGGUCUCAUCGUCAUAUGAAUAAAACAGAUUCAUUUUCAUCAAAUAAAAAUCGUCCUUCAUCAACACCAGCUUGUACAGAAGUAUUAUCAAUAACUACUUUACCUGAUCGACCUAUAUCUAUUCCUCCAUUAAGAACAUCAUCGUAUAUUUAA